UGAAGGAGCCGCAGAAAGAGCGAGAGGGGUGCAGCUGGUUUCUCUCCCCCCAGUACCAUUCCCUGCCAGGUUUCCUGCUCUCUUCACUGGACUCCUUCGCUGUGCCUCCAUCAGGGACUUCUCAGCAAAGUCAUCCAGGCACAGGGGCGGGUCCUCUCGCAGCCGCCAUGGCCAGCAGCAGGGAUUCGGACAGCGAGCAGGUGGUGCCUGGCGAGGAGGAGGAGGGACUGGACGUGAAGGCUGUGCAGGCCCGCUACCUCCGCAGCCCCUCGCCCAGCCGGUAUUCAGUGAUAUCAGACACUGAUACAGAGAGCAUCUUCAUGGAGCCAAUCCAUCUGUCAUCUGCUGUGGCUGCCAAAAAAAUAAUUAAUGAAGAACUGAAGACAAAGGACUCCAAGGUAGAUUCAGCAUGUCCAAGGAUGUUAGAGUCUGCGCAGCAGCUGAUGGUGGAAGACCUGUACAACCGAGUUAAGGAAAAGAUUGAUGACACCAGCCUGUUUAACACGCCGUGUGUGAUGGACUUGCAGAGGGCACUUGUGAAGGACAAGCUGGAGACCCCCAGGGAUGCUGUGGAUGAAGUCUGGCCUAAUGUCUUCAUAGCAGAAAAAAGCAUUGCAGUGAACAAAAGCCGUUUGAAGAGACUAGGAAUCACACAUGUCUUGAAUGCAGCUCAUGGUACAGGUGUAUACACAGGGCCAGAUUUCUACAAUGGUCUGAAUAUCCAAUACCUGGGCAUUGAAAUAGAUGAUUUUCCAGAUAUGGAUAUCUCCAAACACUUCCGCCGAGCUGCAGAGUUCGUUGACGAAGCACUGCUGACUUACAGGGGUAAAAUCCUUGUCAGCAGUGAAAUGGGAAUCAGUCGCUCAGCUGUGCUGGUGGCUGCUUACCUGAUGAUCUACCACCACAUGACCAUUCUCGAGGCUCUGAUGACUCUGAGAAAGAAGCGCGCCAUUUACCCCAAUGAUGGCUUUCUGAAACAGCUAAGGGACCUCAACGAGCAAUUGCUGGAGGAACGAGAGUUGGAGCAUACAGGAGAUGAAGAAGUCACUCCUAGACAAAGUCCUGUUGUCCAUGCUGGGACUUCUUCCCAGCUGUCUAGAGCUUGGGACUCAGAAAGCAUCAUGGGAGCCAAAGCCCACUCCAUCACAGUCGAAGAAGAGACCAGCAGCCUGCUGGGUAGUCUUAUGAGCUCUUCAUCCAUGGGAAAAACUAGCCGGGUUUCCAAACACUCCACCCUCAUCAGUGAGGAUGAAGAGGAACAGUUGUAUGAGGAAUGGAGGAAGAAACAAGGCCUGCCUGCUAAGGAACCAGGAGUUAACCAUGGAAGGCAAACAUCUCCAAAGCUUCUGGAUCAGGAAGGGGAACAAUUUGAGGAGGACGUGGAACAGAGGAUCCAUGACUGGCAGUGUAGAAAUGAGAAAUAUCAAAUGGAGGGUCCAUCCAGGGAGGAGGAUGGAGAUUCCAGCAUGGGAGGAAGACCUUACGCAUCAGGUGAAUUCAGUGACGUGGAGAGUGAGAGCAGUUUUGAGAUCCGAACCCUAAAACAACAUCUGGAAGCCAGUAGCUUUAGCAGGAUGAGGAGGAGCCGCACAGGCUCCAUGUCUUCAGAGAGCACUUGGGACAUGUGGAACCAGAGGCUUCUGGAGAUUGAGAAAGAAGCUGCUCGGAGAUAUCGUUCUAAGAAUAAAAAUGGUGGGGAGAGACAAUCCCCAGAAGCAGGAAGAAAAGAGAGAGAUGUGGAUGAGGAGAGUGUGUUUUCAGACAGUAGCUCCUUUUACAAUUUCUGCCAAAAGAACAAAGAUAAGUUGACUCCUCUAGAAAGGUGGAAAGUCAAGAGGAUCCAGUUUGGCUUUCACAAGAAGGAUUUAGAAUCAUCAUCAUCAUCUGCACCAUCUCCAGCAGAAGACGGCAGCCAGGCAGGUGGAGAGGGGACAGAAGGGAAGAGUUUGUCAGAUAUUAACCUGACUGCGUACCAGGCUUGGAAAAUGAAGCGGCAGAAGAAAGUGGGCAGUGAAAGCAAGGAGGAAUUUGUAGAGUUUGCCAAAAGUGAGGAUUCUGCUUCAGUCAAAAAGAAGCAGAGGCGUGUAGAGCUCCUUGAACGUUCGAAGAAAAUUUUAGAAGAAAGCCAGUCCAUGUGCAGCUGGGAGACAGACAGUACAAUGAGUGGGAGUAUUCCACUGUCAGCUUUCUGGCCCUCAGCGCCUUCUGCAAGCGGUGCCGACGAUGCAGCUUCUGCAAUGAGCAUGCAGACAAAUCGCUCAUCUUUGUCACAGACCAGGAGCAGCACGGGGGCAAUGCAACCACAGAUGCCAAGUAUGCCCCCUCCCAAUCUCCCAGUUGGCCCAGGUGACACAAUAUCCAUGGCAAGCAUUCAGAACUGGAUCGCUAACGUGGUCAGUGAAACCAUUGCUCAAAAGCAAAAUGAAAUCAUGAUGCUGUCCCGUCCAUCAUCUGCAAUGGCUUCCAGUGUAAUGUCAGGAGACCUUGGCAGGCAUGUUGAUGAUGAUAAAGCUUCUCUUCUCAGUUCUCAGAGUGGCUCAUCUCUUGCUACCUCUCAGCUUCGCCAGCAGGACACGCACAGGGCUGAGUCUCAGUCUGUCCUGUCUUGCAAUACCUCAGUGAGUGCAAGGACAGAAGGGACUAGUUCAAACAUGAAGACAACACAGACAAGCAAGCCACUGUACAGUCUCUUUGCUGAUGAUGUUGACCUAAAGAAACUCAGGAGGAAGGAGAAGGAGAUGCAAAUGGAAAUGAGAGAGAAAAUGUCAGAUUAUCAAAUUGAAAAGGUGAUCAGAGACAAUAAACGCAGCACUUUAUUUAAAAAAAAGAUGGCCAAAGGAGAGGAAAACGAAAUAGAAGAUGACAGAGAGACUACAACAAACAGUCACAGGCACCUCUUGCAAGCAGAUCUUGACAGAGCUGAUAGAGUCUUUGAUCUCUCCAGUCAACCUGCAAACACAGGUGCACAGAAGUCAGAGAUAGUGACUGAGACUACCAAGUGGCUCGGUGGCCUGCAAGCAGAAAGAGACCCACCAUCAUAUUAUGAUCAAAGUGAGGAGACUAGAGAGAAAUAUAGCAGAUCAUCCAAAGUUAGAGAGAUGGAUUCUGAAACAUCCAGUUACAGAUUCUCCAGGUCCCAACGAGAAGAGCUGGACAGCUGUUCUUCCUAUGAGUCAAAAGGAGAUUCACUGAGAACCAUGUCAAGAUUUUCCUCUGCUUCUGCAAAAGAGGACAAAAAGAUGUAUAAAUUCACAAGGUCAAGGGUCAGUGAGACAACAAGUUCCAGAGAAAAGGGCCCAGAGCUGCAUGUUUUCAGCCAAACACCUGAACCAUUCUUUCACUCUGAGUCCCCUGAAACAUCUACACAGAGUCGAGUUAGAUCUCAUCAUGUGGAGGCGUGUGAAGAGGAGGCCAGGUCAGACAUGUCGGAAUUUGGAGCUAAGAGAAAGUUCACCCAGAGCUUUUUGAAGUCUGAAGAAGGUGGAAAGAAGGAGGCAAAAGCAGAACAAAGUGAAGAAAGAUAUGCAUCUAGACAGUUCUCUCAGUACAGGCGAAACAUGCGUAAAGAAGAGGAAGAAGAGAUGGAUGAUGAUGCCAUUAUCGCUGCUUGGAGAAGCCGACUAGAAGAAACUACAGCAAAGCUCCGGCGGCGAAGGGAAGAGUGACCAAAAUCAGACUAUAGGAACAUAAGCGGAGCUGCAGAGUCCCUGAAUCACUCAUCAUUAUAUUUCUGAUAAUCCUUUGUGGUUUGUAGGGCAUUUCCUGCAGAUAGUUUUCUUCUUAAUCAAAAGCGGUAAAGGGAAGAGGUCAAGUUUUGGAAGUGUUUGUGGUUUGUCAAAAAGAAGACGCUAGUACUACAUGAUCAAUGGAGGUAGGAACACAAUGUUAGAAGCCGUUAGGAGCCAGACAAUGUUUCAGCAGCAAAAGCAAGUAAUGGUGGCACCUCAGUUCAAAAGACCAAUCACAUGCCAUUUUGGUUAUUUCAAUUUCCUAGUCUUGUUAAACACUGGACAUUUUUUUUUUCUAGGAUCUUUUUGAUCAUAAAUGGAAGAAGCCAAAAGCCUUUUCUAGGAACUUGAAGAAUGUUCCUUUCUUGAUCAGUUUUACUUUAUACCACUAAGAAGACAUUGCCAGGUGGGCUGCACCAGUCUUACAAGUAUCUAUAGAAAUAAGAUAGUUCAGGGGAAUAGAUGUACUGUUUUACUUCACUAAGUAGCUGAAGCGAAGUGAAAUACUAGAAAAAAGGAAGAUGCCUCCUUCUUUUUACAAGUUCAGUGCAGUAAUGAAUGUAUUCCUGUGGUAUCAUUGUUCUCAAUUAGUUGGAAUCAUCUCUGCUCCAGUACUUUUGGUUCCUGCUUUAGGUCAACAAAGGAAAAAUGUAGUAACAGCCAUCUAAAACAUUAUGUUGUGAUGUAGUUAAAGAGAUCAGUUAGGGUUAGGAUUAGUGUUAGGUUAGGCUGGGUUUCUGAAGUUCUGACUUCAGUUUGUUUUAUGUGUGCAGCUCAGCUUAGUCUGUGGUUUUAUGUCUAUAGUCAGAUUGUCAUGCAUUAAUUUUCAACAUGAUUGCCUUAAAAAAAAAGAGGGAUACACAAACUGACCUCAUAAUAAAAUUAUGUAUAACGAGAGCAUUGGUAUCAUGUGAUACUUGGAAGCUCCUUUUUAGGAGAUGGUAGGUUUAGUUGGCGUGUUACAGUUAAUGCGGUUUUUGUAUCAUGAGCAACAGAGCUCACUUUUCAGAGUCAGUGGAAGGACUGCAAUCUCCAUGUUGACUGGGUAAACCAAGUUAAGAGCCUUGGAUCUUUCUGUGCCCUGCAGAGCCUUGUGAGCUUGUGUGACACAACCUGCCAAGCCUGCCACAGCAUCACUUGUACGGCCCAUGUGACGCUGUGUCUUUGACACAGCAAAGCACCCAGCUCUUUGUUACCCAUCAGCAUCCUCCACUUCUCUCUUACAAACACCUAGGUCAGUUUCUCCUGAUUUCUACUUUGGAAUUAUCUGUUCCCUCUUCUGUGCAAACUGUAUUUUGAAACAACAAAACCCUCUGGCAGAGCUGAGUAUAAAACAACAAUGGAGAGAUGGUGCAGUAUUGCUCUCUCAUUGAAGUCUUGUCAUUCUUUUUCUUGUCAUCUCCUCUCCCUCCCACUGUGAUGCUUAGACCUCAUUAUUACUAUUAUGCUUGUACCUCUCCCUGCUUUAAUUGUGUAAUAUAGACAGUAAGCUCUGCAGGGCAAGGGCCUGGUCUUUGUCCUUGUCUGUAUGACACCAUGCACAUCAGCAAUGCUAUCUAAAUAAUGGUUACUGAUAACAAAAUGCAGCUGCCAAUUUUCCUAAACUUAGAGUAAUUUCUCUCAACUAGAACCCACUGAUUAGACAUUAUCCCUGCUUCUCUGAAGAUCAAGAUGACUCUUUCUGACAGCCAGGACUAGGGUAAAUGAUAGCUACUUAUUGUCAGGUGUAUGGAGUCUCAAAAUCAGGUGAUUGAACAAUAACAGGGUAGAAAAAUAAGCGAAAGGACAUAUCUUACUUGUGUGUGGGUUUGGGGUUUUUUUUAGUAAACUCAGGUUACAUUUUUGAAAUACAUAAGGAACAUGUUGGCGUUAAUGUUUCAGGCAUCCAGAGAUGCUAUAGGGCUUAUAAAGCAUCUCUGCUACAAUAUAAUACAAAAUACAACGCAUCCCUUAUUUCUGCAUACUUCUGUGAGAUGUAAUUUUAAAUAGUGGAAUUCCAGGCUUUGAUCCACAUUCUGAGAUAUUAUAUUGAAUUUCUGCAAUGUGUGUUAGGAUAGGCAUUUUCCUCUUCAUCCCUGAUAAGGCUGCUCUGUGGAAAAGAACUCUGCACAUGCAUAUAUGGAUUUUGCUUUAAUUUCAGUCUAAAAAAGGUCUUAAGUUUUGGUGCAUCAAAGUGGAAGUGUGCAACACCUUCUGGCACUGAAUUUACUUUUUUUAUCAAGGGCUGGUUCCCUCUGAAAAAUCUCCAGCUUUUUAUGUCUGGCUGCUUUCUCAACAGCAAUGUCUGUCCUCUGCAGUACUGUAGGGGGCAUCUUAUACUGUGAAAGAUGAGCAUCAUAUGGUGUAGUAAUUGGUUUCAUUUUGCACUGUACAGCACAGCCUUUGUUUGGGUAGCAUUUUGAUUUAAACAGUAAUCUAGGUCUGCCGCACAAAUAAAUUAUUCAAGGGGGCAGGAUAUGGUUCUAUAACAAGCCUGAGCCAAACCAUCCUGAUAGCGAGUUUUGACCCUUCUGGGAAAGGGUUAAGUGGGUUCUGCUGACUCACUGAGGUAGGUGGCUUAUUAGUUCACUUGUGUAAAAGGGAGAUAAAAAUGGUUUGCUGGGGAGAGGCCAUCUAAGAUGCUGGCUGAGCAGUCAUGAGGGAGAAGCCUUAGAAAUAGCUGAACUUUACUUAUUGCUUAUAUCCUUGUUAAUAAAGCCAACCCCCCAAAGCAAUAAGGGGGUGGGGAUCAUUUUGGGCUCCAUUUAGUGUAUAGCCUGUGCUUGAAAGCAAGAUGGGAAAGGCUCCAGCUCACAGGUAUAAAUUACAUGAAACAGUGACAUAAAGACCUUGCAUGGUGAAAAUAUUAAAGCAUUCAGUCAUAAGACCAAUAACCAGGAGAGACAGAAAUGUAGAGGUUGAAGGCAGGCUAGAAAGUCAGGUUUUAAGAUAAGAAUAUAGGAGACAGGGAAUUGGUGAAAGGGGAGAAGUCUGUACAGAUUGUUUCAGGUGACCAGAGCUGCAGAGUGAAUGGUUUUUCAGCAAUGACACUGGCCUGACACUAGAUCAAAGAGUAGGUAAGUAUCCAUAUUUAUCUAGGAAGGAUUUUUCAGCAAAGAUGCACUGAGACUGGUAUUUUUGCUCAUCCUCAGUUUGCUGUUGCAGACAGGAGGGGUUUUUUGGCAUUGUGUAGUGGAAGGUGAAAGUGCAAGGAGCAUCCAUACAGUCAGUUAAGGAUAUAAACACAGGAACAUCAGAAAGGCUAUAUGGGGUCAGACCAAAGGUCCAUCUGGCUCAAUAUCCUGCCUCUGACAGAGAACAACAGUGAAUACCUAGGGAGGAAUAUAAGAACAGUGAUAUAAGUAAUAUUUCUCCAGCAUGAUCUUCAAGCUUCAAAUCAUUUGCAACUCAAGGACUUCCUGAGCCAGAUGUGAUACUUUUGCAUUUAAUAGCUCUGGACAGAUUUUGCUUCUAUGGAGGUGCCUCAUCAGUUUUGAGUUGUAGCCAUUAUAGCCUUGUACCCACUAGCCUCUGUGAUCUCUUGUGGCAUUAAGUACUUUACAUUGAAUACAGAGCCAUGUCCUUUUUGUCUGUUCUGAACCCACUUUACUUAGUAUCUACAUGCCCCACAAGAUUUUACCCACUUCAGUCAUUAUGCCCCAUCCUUAGCUCUCAGUUUUUCUACCCAAAUUACUCAUUCCUCAUGUGGGAGCUGCUCCAUGCCUCUGAUUAUUCUGCCUGUUCUUUUCUGAACCCUUUCGAGUUCUGCUUUGUCACAUUUGAGAUGAGGGAUCAAAUCCUCACACAGUAUUUAGGGUGCGGGUGCAGCAGGGAUUUGUCCUGUGGCAUAAGCACCUUCCUUAUUCUGUCCUCUCUUCCUUCCCUAUUAACUCCUAACAGUGUUUUUUUGGCUGUUUCUGAGCACCAAGUUGACAUUUUCAUGGAACUAUUUGUUAUAUCCAGAAAACUUUGUUGCUGGAUAGCAGUGGUCAGCUCUGAGAUCGUAAUUUAUAUAACAAGUUUUCUUAUGUGAAAUGCUUUACAUUUAUUAGCCUUGAAUUUAAUCUGCCAUCUUAGUGCUUAGGCUCUCAUUUUCAUCAAUUUAUUUUGCAUUUUUACACAAACACCCCUCAUUUCCAAUGCUCUGUUCCCUUUAUGUCUUGUGAACAAUGCAGAAACUCAGGGUAUGUUAGAAGCAAAUAAGUUAAGGAGGAAUACUUUAGAGAUAAACCAAUUUGAUGUUGGUUUGAGUGAAGUGAGAAGGAAGAAAGUGAUGAAAGCUGGAGAGCUAGGAGGUAAGUGUUCAAAAAAGAGGUCUGAAGACAGUAGGCAAAUAAAGAAGGGGUCCUACACUGGACAAAGACAGUAAGAUAUGUACAUAAGCUGGAGAGGCUAAUGCUAAAUAUUAAUUUGUUUAGAUGUAUAAAAAUCUGGGGAAAGGUUAUGGGGCAACCUCUGUGGGAAGGAAGGAGAUGGUGGGAUUUAAAGAAAUUACAGGUUUGUGAGAAAUGUGAAGGGGACUGCAUGAAAUGGAAAGUGCAACAGACAUCAGUGGGACUGAUAUCUGUGGUAGACUGGGAAUUCAAAGUGGCAGAGAAAAGUUUGGAAGGAAGCAGAAAUGUACCAGAUAUAAGUUACUCCUCAUCUAACAGCUGUGUUCUGUUUGGUAGUUCUUACAGGUGUGUGGCCAUGGCCCAUUUCCCCACACCCAGAAUUUUGAGGGCAAUUUGAUUUAUAGCAUGUGGCACUAGUUUAGACUGGAUAAUUUUAAAAGUUUAGCACCAUUUCCUUCUUUCACAGCUCCUUGAGAAAUGCUUACACAUUAGCUGUAGUAGAGAGCUAGAUGAAUUAUGAGACAAAUAAUAGAAUCAUAGAAUGGUUUGGGUUGGAAAGGACCUUAAAGAUCAUCUAGAUCCAACCCCCCUGCAUGGGCAGGGACACCUCCCACUAGAUCAGGUUGCUCAGAGCCCUAUCCAACCUGCCCUUGAACACUUCCAGAGAUGGGGCUUCCACAACUUCCCUGGGCAAUGUAUUCUAGUGUCUUACCACCUUCAUCAUGAAGAAUUUCUUCAGAAUAUCUAAUCUAAAUCUCCCCUCUUCCAGUUGUAAUUCAUUACCCAUUGUACUCUCACUACUUCCCCCUGUAAAAAGCCCCUCCUCAGCCUUCCUGUAGCCCCUUCAGGUACUGGAAGGCCACUGUAAGGUCUCCCUGGAACCUUCUCUUCUCCAGCCUGAACAGCCCCAACUCUCUCAGCCUGUCCUCAUAGGACAGGUGCUCCAGCCCUCUGAUCAUCUUCAUGGCCCUCCUCUGGACUUGUUCCAGGAGCUCCAUGUCCUUCUUGUGUUGGGUGCCCCAGAACUGGACAAAGUACUCCAGGUGGGGUCUCAUGAGUGCAGAGCAGAGUGAGAGAAUCACCUCCCGUGACCUGCUGGCCACGCUUCCUUUGAUGCAGCUCAGGACAUGGUUGGUUAUGUUGCAUUACUUGCCUUUCCUUAAAGGGGUUAUCUGAAAUACAUUCAACAUAGACAUUAUAACAUGAAAACAUGGUAUCCAUGACCUUCCUAUAUUUGUAGACAAUUCAACAGAAUGCAGAAAGCAUGGGAUUAAUAUAGUUUAGAGCUUGGAAACAGACAUUGCAUGCUCAAGUACUCCAGCAAAAUCUCUUUGAGAGCUACCUACAUCUUCUCUGGAAUUUUGCUUGUCAUUUAGAAAAAAGAAAGUGAGUUAAAUCUCUGGCUGUUGUAUUUAUGAAGAAAACGUCCAAAAAUUGAACUAUGUGUAACAAAUAAACAAUUAUCUAGAGAGGCGGGA